AGGAGCUUUUACUGUUUGUCUCCCAGGUGUGGCGUGCGCUCGGCCUGCCAGCGGGGGUCCCUGCAGGGCCAGUGGCUCUGGAGCUUCGGCCCCCAGCAGCAGCACUGCCUCAGGGUCGCCUCCCUCACCCCCCUCAACGCAAGCCGUGGAGAGGAGACCAGUGUUGUUCUGGAAGUUCCAGGUUUGCCCAGCCUGUCCGAAGGGGAGGCGUACAGCUGUGACUUUAGGGGCACUGAGACUCCUGCCGCCGUCCAGGGCACAACUGUCAGCUGCCACACUCCACACACGAGGAGGGUGCCAUCCAUCAGUCAAGGCGAAGACUCUGUCACAGUCCCCCUGUCACUCCGCUUUCUCAACAUCACAGUUGCCAGCCAAAUGUUUACCUUCUACGACUGCGGCCUGGUCCAGCAACUGUCCCUUACUAAGCCGUGCACUGGGUGUGUGAGCAGUCGUUGGAGCUGUAACUGGUGUAUUCACCAGCACUUGUGUACACACAGACCAACCUGCGGCGAGGGCGUCAUCAUUUACAACGAACAUUUUAAACUCCCAACAUCUGGCCCCACUACUACAAAAGCUGUCACUAGAUUAGCAUCAACCACUCAAAGUCCUACGAAUCCGACUACAGGAGUUCUUUCAGCCACUGAAUCAGGGGCUUCAAAGUCUCCUUCCGUGACUCCGUCCACCACCCCUGAACCCACGCUGGCACCCACCACGCCUCCUCCCAACACUGCCACCCCUGCCCCUCUGCCAUCUAUGGUGGACCAAGCCACCACAGUGACCAACGCACCCACUGCCACGACUACUCUGGCAGGGAGACACACCACAGAGACCAGCCCAGCCGCUGACGACGAGAGCCACUACGGAAACGGCACAGGGGACGUAAGGACAGAUUCAAAAAAUGAAUCCCUGCCAGAUGCCAAAAAUAAGGAGGAAGAACCCGUUUCCUCUCCAGAAGAUUCUGUUCUGGAUGCUGGGACCACCCCGGUGAUAAGGGUAGUUUCACAUGAUGAAGACAGUGCUGAGGAGCCUGUGGGUCAAAUCCCUCCAUCACCAGCCCCAGACUCAGCUCUCACCAGUCCAGAGAGUGUAACCUCUUGGGUGGAUGUGCCUGUUGACUCUGAUGAGGAGGUAGGGGCGGAGGUGACUGUGUCAUCUGCCACAGCGCCCUCUGGGGAUGGGGAGGGGGAGAGCAGCCCACCCGACUUCUCGCAAAACCCAGACGUGGAUUACCAGUCUGACUCAGCUGAUUUUUAUCUACCGGGGGAUGAGGGCUCAUUUGUGAGUGGGGGUUCUUACGCCUGUCCCUGUGUGGAGAACAUCCAAGGCUCGUCUCUUCUGCCCGUCAACAUUGAGAGGAAGAUCACACUCACAGGACGCAAUCUGCAUCUGUACAAGGAUGAAGAGUUGGACUAUGAAUGUGUGCUGACCGUAGAGGGAAAGGCUGUGGUGGUGGAUGCCUUUGUUGAAGCAGAUGAUGCACAGUCCUCCCUCUUCUUCAUCACCUGCCAACUCCACAAGGUUUACUAUGCAUAUUUUCUAGAUUUUUCUGCUGACAUCAUAUGUUUCAAUCUGGCGUGGUCGGCACAUUGUGAAGGCUGUGUCGGUUGUGUUGUUCUCCAGUACUCUUACUCAGCUGUCGUGGAGGAGUACAACGCCAUGAUCUCUGUCAGGAGGAGAAACACCUUCCAGAUGGACAGUGUCCAGGACCUGCAUGUGACUCUGUAUAACUGCUCAGUGGGGCGUUCGGACUGCAGCCACUGCCAUACGGCGGACCAGAGGUUUGGCUGUGUGUGGUGUGGCGGGCCUCUGUCCAGCUGCCUCUACAGGGACUCCUGUGCAGAUGAGGUCCAGCAGACGUGCCCAGCACCUGUCAUCCACCUGGUCGAGCCAUUGUCUGGACCCGUGGAGGGGGGCACCACUGUCACCAUCUCAGGUUCUAACCUUGGGCAGAGGGCGGAGGACAUCCAGCACUCGGUCACCGUGGCGGGGGUUCCCUGCAAUGUCAUUCCAAGCAGCUACGAGGUCUCAUCAAGGAUCGUAUGCGAGACCACAGCCAGUGGAGGGGAGCGAGCCGGCCAGGCGUCAGUGGAGGUCAGGGAUGGAGGAGUCGGGCUCUCAGGACAGAGGUUUCACUUCCAGGAUCCAGUGCUGAUGGAUGUGUUCCCUCUGAGGGGCCCGCUGGCAGGAGGCACCCUGCUCACCAUCACCGGCCAGAACCUACGUACCGGCCACCUAAGCGAGAUCACUGUUCUUAUCGGGGGAGUGCCCUGCGCAAUUUCCUCUGAGGUCCAGGAUGAUCACAUGGAGUGCGUGACCAGCAGCAGUAACAUGACUGGAGAGCAUGGCGUGGUGGUUCGCUUCAAUAGGGCAGAGCGCCAUCUGCAGGCGGUUCCCUUUCACUACUGCCCUGACCCCAAUAUCACGCAGGCAGCACCAUCCAGAAGCUUUCUCAGUGGCGGGCGGAUGAUCAAAGUGUCUGGACAGAACCUGGAUGUAGUGCAAGAGCCACGGAUCCGUGUGACACUCACACCUUUGGAGCCUCAUCCGCAGAGGAAAAAGAAGAGGAAGAGGAGGAAGAGCGAGAACACAGAGGAGAGGGAAAGUAGGCCACUCAAGAGGUUGCGGCGGAUUAUUCCGGAGCCUGGCUGCCCAGAGGGAGUACUCUGCACUGUGAAACAGUUUGAAGAGCGCUGCACGGUAAACAGCUCCUCCCUGAUCCUGUGCCGGACGCCGGCCGUGGGGGCGGAGGCGCUGCACGCCCAGGUGAAGGUGGACUUCCUGCUGGACAACCUCCACUUCAGCUUCGGCGCGGUCGGUGAGGCCGAUGCAUUCAGCUACGAGCGGAACCCAGUCCUCCGAACGCUCAACCAAAACGACCCCAGCAAACCCUACCGCCACAAGCCUGGCAGCAUCAUCUCUGUGGAGGGUGAAAAUUUAGAUCUGGCCAUUUUCAAAGAGGAGGUGGUGGCCCUGAUUGGAGAGGGCGUUUGUGCCGUUAAAACUCUGACCCGUAACCACCUGUACUGCGAACCCCCUUCCCAGCAGCCCACGGAGGUGGCAUCGAAGAGGCGCGAGGGUGCAGAUGUGCUCCCAGAAUUCACAGUCAGAAUGGGAAACCUGAACUUCUCUCUGGGCAGGGUGCAGUACGACACCCAGAGCCUGUCAACCUUCCCUCUGGAGGCCCAGGUGGGAGUUGGGGUGGGGGCCUCCAUCGUGGCGCUCAUUGUGUUGGUCAUCGUCUUAAUAUACAGGAGGAAGAGCAAACAGGCUGUGAGAGACUAUAAGAAAGUCCAGAUCCAACUGGAGAACCUGGAGACAAGUGUGAGAGAUCGCUGCAAGAAGGAGUUCACUGACCUGAUGACAGAGAUGAUGGACAUGUCCAGUGACCUGGUUGGAUCAGGGAUCCCUAUCCUGGACUACCGCACCUAUGCCGAGAGGAUCUUCUUUCCCGGCCACAAGGAGUCACCGCUCCGGCGGGAUCUGGAUGUGCAGGAAUGUCGCCGGGCAACAGUGGAGCAGGGCCUGGUGCAGCUGUCCAACCUGCUGAAUAGCAAACUCUUCCUCACCAAGUUCAUCCAUACGCUGGAGGGCCAGCGGACCUUCUCCCCGCGGGACCGGGCCUACGUGGCGUCCCUGCUGACCGUGGCGCUGCACAGCAAGCUGGAGUACUUCACCGACAUCCUCAAAACCCUGCUCAACGACCUGGUGGAGCAGUACACCGCCAAGAACCCCAAGCUCAUGCUUCGGAGAACCGAGUCCGUGGUGGAGAAACUGCUGACGAACUGGAUGUCUAUCUGCCUCUACUCAUUCCUCAGGGACUCGGCGGGGGAGCCUCUGUACAUGCUGUUCAGAGCCAUAAAACAACUGGUGGAUAAGGGUCCUGUGGACGCCGUGACAGGCAAGGCCAAGUACACACUCAACGACAACCGCCUGCUCCGCGAGGACGUGGACUUUCGCACACUGACCCUAAAUGUCCUCGUGACUGGAGGAGGUGCCAAUGAGAGCCAGACGAUGGCCACCAAAGUGCUGGACUGUGACACCAUCACCCAGGUGAAAGAGAAGGUUCUGGAGCAGACCUGGAAGAGCACGUCCUACUCCCUGCGGCCAGCAACCGACUCCCUGCACUUAGAAUGGCGGGCGGGGGUGGCAGGUCACCUGAUUCUGUCAGACGAGGACCUCACAUCAGUGGUGCAGGGGACAUGGAAACGACUCAACACUCUACAGCACUACAAGGUCCCCGAUGGUGCCACCGUCACGCUGGUGCCUCGCCACUCCAAGCACAUUCACCACGACAGCCACGACUACAUGCCCGGAGAGAAGACGCCCAUGCUGGAGGAUGGCGACGAGGGGGGCAUGAAGCUGUGGCACCUGGUGAAGGGCAACGAGGAGCCCGAGCUGCCCAAGCACAGACGAGGCAGCCUGAGGGAGAGGGAGCGCGAGAGGGCCAAGGCCAUCCCCGAGAUCUACCUCACACGUUUACUCUCCAUGAAGGGGACGCUGCAGAAGUUUGUGGACGACCUGUUCACGGUGAUCCUGAGCACCAGUAGGCCUGUGCCCCUGGCUGUCAAAUACUUCUUUGACCUCCUGGACGACCAGGCCCUUCAGCACAACAUUACUGACCCAGAGACAGUCCAUAUCUGGAAAACCAACAGCCUACCCCUAAGAUUCUGGAUCAACAUACUGAAGAACCCACAUUUCAUUUUCGAUGUGCAUACCUCUGAUAAUGUGGACGCUGUACUGUCUGUCAUUGCCCAGACCUUCAUGGACUCGUGCACCAUUGCAGACCACAAGCUGGGCCGGGAUUCCCCCAUUAACAAGUUGCUCUAUGCCAGAGACAUCCCACGCUACAAGCAGAUGGUGGAGAGGUAUUAUGCUGACAUCAGGCAAACAAUUUCAGCCAGUGAUCAGGAAAUGAAUUCGGCUCUUGCGGAGCUGUCGAGGAAUUACUCUGGCGAGGUGAAUUGCUAUGUGGCCUUGCACGAGUUAUACAAGUACAUCAACAAAUAUUAUGAUCAGAUCAUUAGUGCACUGGAAGAGGACCCCACGGCCCAGAAGAUGCAGCUGGGGUACAGGCUCCAGCAGAUCGCUGCCGCCGUGGAGAACAAAGUCACUGACCUAUGACCUCACACACCCCUGACUCUGAAUGACACAGUGUCAUGGAGACUCUGAAUAACCUGGCUGAAAACUGGGCCACUCAAAGGGAUGACUGAUGAGUACUGUAAAUGACCUCCGCAUGAGCUGGAGAUGUUUCCAGAAGGCAGGAGGACAGGAGGAGAUGGAGAUGGAUGAAGCUGGCAGAGGUGUGAGGGAAGGACAGGUCUCCACCAUCCAUUAGAUUAGACUUCAAACCUCAGCAGAAACUCGUGAAGGACUUGAAAUUGCCACCGUUACAGUAUACAGCAUACCGUAUUCUGGAUUCUGCUGAUUUCCUCUGCAAGUGUGACGUGAUUGUUCUGGGCAUUCCUACUUCACACCCUCCUCUUGUGCACACUUGUUUGCCCAUGGUACGUUACUGAGAGAAUUUCCCUCUAAGAAGGACACAUUUGUAUGAGAGGACUUGAUAACUGCAGAUAGCACUGGUGUUUGCCAGUUGCUGCAGUUGGAUUGACAUAAACUUAGAAAGAGUUAGCGCAACAGGUAAAGUAUGAGAGUGUACGUCCUCUUUUGUUUCCCUGACUAUCCUCCUUUGUGUCUUACUUCUGUAGUGAAUUGUAGAGUCUUUGGAACAGAGUUCAAUCAUAAGAGUGUUUUGGGGUCUUUGGAAUUGCAUAUUGUAUCUUAGUGGGGUUAGCCUGAAUGGUCCAAAACACAAAUGGUCUUAAAACAUAAAACCUAAUAAUUCAUAUCAAAUAUAAAUUUAAAAAAAAAUGGAAAGGUGGCCUUUAUUGACCUAGUACUAAACCGAUUAUUUUGCCAAUGCACCUGGUACAUUGAAUUGAUCAAAGCAAAGUAUUUGAAUUAAAACUGGAUCUUAAGACUAAGACCAAAGUUAGCCAAAAACAGAAAAAAACACAUUGCAUUUCCCUCAGUGACCAGCAGAUGUCAGCUUACCAAAAGCACCCACCCAGUGACUGCACUUAACAACUGGUAUUAGUAAAUUAGUCAGAUGUUAGGAGAAAAAAAUGUGUUGUGAAAUUAUUUGAACAGUACUUAAUUAUAUAAAAUAAUUAUAAUAUAUUGUUAUUCCAAAUAGACACCACUUCAAAGUACAUGCUGCCUAGAAUGUUUCGGGUUUUAAACAUUGCUACUGUCUACUGGUUUCAUUGAAAGAAUGCAUACUUGGCAGAGUUUACAAAAUCCCUGAAAUGCAAAAAGACAUUUCUCUUAUUGGCAAUGGCAAAUACUGGUUGGAAUACAUUUGAGGCUUUCCUACUGAAGGUAUCAUGCACACACACACACACACACACACACACACACACACACACACACACACACACACACACACACACACACACACAAUUGCUUCCAUUUUAUUUAUUAAUUAAUUUAUUUAUUUCCCAGCUGGCUUCUAUAACAGCUUGCCAAUUAAAAAGUAAAGACCAAAAGAUGAGACGAGUUUCUGUCAAAAGCAUUUUAUAAAAUGUCUCCUCCACUCCUGUACCUGGUUCCCAGUUUUUCCACAAGGGCGGAAGGAAGGGUCGGAAUAUUCCAUGUUCUUUUGAUGAAUGCAUGUUUACAAACUAUGGCAGUCCCAUGCUGACCAUGAUGAAUGCUUUUCCAUGGCUUUUGAAUAAAAUAAUGUACACGGUUGCAGGUUUGGAAGGCUGAUAAUCUAAGUGUGAUUGGAAAUCAUGUAUUGAUGUCAUUGCCUUUCUCAGUGAAAUUUCUCUGUUUGUAAAUAGAGUUGUAUGUAUCACCAUUGCUUUUUUUGUGGUCGGAAGAAGAGGAUAGUUCAUGCAAAGCAAACAAUAAAGUCCUCUGAAGUUCAA